AUGGUCUUCCGCACAGUCUUCGCCAGCGUUGCUCUAGCCCUUGCCCUUUCGCGGGUAUCCGCUGGUCCAGUUCCCGAGGCCAUUCCAGCGGCCGCCGUCUACUCCGACAUCGAGUACCAGGGCACCACCGCCCGGAUCCCCGUCUCCGACAGCUGCGUCGACCUGACGAUCGUCAACAACGGAAUGAAUGAAACUGCCGGCAUUGGCUCGAUGGUGAUUCCCGGCCCAGAGAUCACAUGCAGCUUCUAUGAGACAUGCGACUGCUCCGGCGGCACCUUCGGACAGGAGUUCCAGUUCUCGGCGUCGACGCCUGAUGUCCGCCAGCAGUAUAGGGAUCUCGCACAGCUGUCGAUUGACAGUAUCAAGUGUAAGAGUGUAAAGAAUUUCAGCUAG